AUGGGUUCGACCGUAGGACCGCCCCCUGCAAACAUGCAUGUAGCUUCGGCCUGUGAGGUUUGCACAUUUCCUAUGGGUCUCGAUCAGGAGGCAGUUUUCUUCCUGCAGAACAUGUUUUGUAUAUGUUUUUAUGUCUAUUUGUGCCAUGCCUUAUCUCCUAGCUCAUACCUUUACUCACCCUGA